UUUAAAAGAGAACCCCAAGGUGCGACAACAGAGGCAAUUUGGCUACAGUCGAGGUGUCAACAGCCAAAAUUAGUCACAGAAAAGUUUGAAAGAGUUGAGCAGGAACAGCGCGUUCGCAUGCUUUAAUGUAUUUCCACAGCUCUAAAAAGCAUCUCCUUUCUCCACUCGUCUUCAUCCUUGCUUACACUCCCCAUAUGUGUGUGUGAAUACACACACACACACACCCCUCCAAACGUGGAAACAAAAAUACAGCCUUUCACUUUGCCACCGCGAUUUUAAAGCAACCCUGCUGUUAUGUAAAAUUUAGAUCCAAGCCAAGCCGGGUUCCGCCCACGAACAUCUCUAAAGUUUUCGAAAGUCCAAAGUUCGAUAACAAUUCGAAACCACAAGCAUCCCCCUUUCUACGCUGGAGGAAGCCCAGAUAAUGUAGGGAAAUGGGAGCGGCGGGAGAUAAACUCGCCAGGCAGCCCCGCCGCAUGAAAGAUCCCAUUCACCUCGCAGGUCUGACCAUUUACCCCACGCGCGGACGGGAGCUGCUCGCGAUACACUGGCCGCGACGCUUUCCUGUUCCUGUUUGCAGAAGCAGCGCCCUCCACCUCCCCGCUUCGUCUAUUGGCUCGCGGCGUGGCUGUUUCCACCCUUCCCUAACCACAACCCCUUCAAUGGUCGGUGGCUCUGACGUUGCAAGCGGGGGUUGGCUCUUCCGAGUGUCUAUAAGAGACCCUUCCAAGUCCGGACCGAAGCUCCGCCCACGACGUUACUCCUGACUAACAGCUGUUCGUGUGAACGCUCCCUUAGGCAAAAGGUUCCAUCUUGGCUUUCUUUCUGGAUCCUGCACUUCUAUGUUACCUUGGUUCAUUAUCUACCCAAAGGUGGCUUCUAGAUCACUUGGGGCACUGUGGAGCUUGCAUUAAUCAGGCUCAAAGCAGAAAUGCCACAUACCCCUCGCCAACGGUUGCAGCCUCGGGCUCCAAUUUGGUCAGAGACCGAAACUCGAGAUUUCCUUGCCCUCUGGGGUGAACUGCUGAUUUUGAGGUGGAUUGAAAACCGCCCGCCCAACAGUGACAUCUACGAAGACCUGUCGGCCCAGAUGAUAGCCAGGGGUCAUGAGCGCAACGCUUCGCAGUGUAGGAACCGAGCCCGGGAUCUGAAGCGAAGUUAUCGGAGAGCCAAAGAUGCCCAGAUCUGUGCUGGAGCUGAGCCCGUGUCUUGCCGUUACUUCCAAGAGUUGGAUCAAAUGUUUGGAGGCGAAAUGGAUAGGGCCACCAACCGGAGCUUGGCCAGCAUGGAUGGAUCCGUGCGGGUGGUGGUAAAAAGGGAGGCUGCAAAAGACAUGGAGGCCCAGGCCUCUGAGGAAGAGAGCAACCAAAUGACGCCCCCAAACACCCUCUCAAGUAUGGAGGCAGACACAGACACGGAAACCGAACCGAAUGUGGGGAUUACACGAGGGUUAGUGACAGUGGUAGAUCCCAACGUGAUUGAAAACACGAUAGUUGAGGACGAUCCUGAAGAGAAGGUGGUGCCUUUUUGUGGGCAACCGGUUCCAGGCUGCAGUGAAGAUGGGCACCACACUGCUACUGGUAGAGGCAGACGAGAGAAGUCCUUUGGUCACCCCCUGACGACAGCAGAAAGGAUGGCAUCUAUGCGGGAGAGGAAGAGGCGGUCGCACGAGGAGAUGAUGCAUGAAAUCAUGACUGACUACAGGAGGACCUGGGAGACCAUGGAGGCCCUUCACGAGAGAAGUGAAAUCAACGCCGGGGACUUCCGUGAAGCAGUGCUGAGGGAAAUGCAUCUGGACAGAGAGGCUCGGACACGGGAGGCCCAAUUAGACCGUGAAUCCUGGGCAAGGGAGGCCCAGCUGGAUAGAGAGGCCAGGAUUAGGGACAACCAUCUGGAGAGAGAGAUUAGGAUUAAGGAGCUCGGUAUGAUUGAAGCCGAGCUUCAGCGCACCAGGGAGAUCCUCCAUCCGAUGGUGGAUGCCGUGGCAUCUGUGGCAGAGGCCUUGCGUGUGGCGAGCAGGAUACUGCCACCAUCUCAGCCUGCACAGAAAAUGAGGGCUGGAGUCUUCUUGGAAUCAAAGGAAAGCAAGUAAUUUCGGUCUCUCUUUCAACUAUAAAACUUUUGUCUUGAAUGGGAAAGCUUUGUUGUCAGGAAGGUGGGGGGAGGUGCUUUCUAAAGUGCUAAAUUCAGAGAUUUUUAAUAGUCAUUUUAUCUUGCCCAGUAAGAUAUUGAGCCAGGUUUACCUACUCUCUCAAUUUGCUCAUCCUGUGGAACAGAGAGAUAAUGUACAUCUAGGUGGUUUGGUUUGGAAAAAGAAAAGAAACUUUAGAAAAGACUUUACAGUAGAUUAUUGAUAGGAGCCUUCUUUUUCCUUGCAACCAAAUCCAGCUGACCGGAUUUUAUUUGGGGCUUUUUUCUGGACAGACUUUAUCUGAACGCAGGUAUUGGAAAACAAAAUGCUUGCAUAUAUUCACAAUGGAGCAUUUUUUGUACAGAUAGUUUUCAACUUACAACAGUUCAUUUAGCAGCCGUUUGAAAUUACAACAGCACUGAAAAAAGUGACACAUGACAGUUUUUCACAUUUACGCCGUUGCAUCAUCAUCAUCAUGGUCAUGUGAUCAAAAUUUAUACAAAUGGCAACUGAUGCACAAUUAUGAUGGUUGCAGUGUCCCAGAGUCAGGGGAUCGCUUUUGUAUGACCUUUGACAAGCAAAGUCAAUGGGGAAUCAAGAUUCACUUAAUAACCAUGUUAUUAAUAUAACUGCUGUGAUUCAAUUAACUGUUCCAAGAAAG